AGAGCUGGUGACGGGCCUCGUGCUGUGCUGCGUUUGGGACCGUCCAUGUUUAUGAAACACAAUUUUCGAUUUAGUCCCUAGUUCGCAUAGUUUGUGUCAAUAUCGCUUCGAUUCUUUCGCUCCUCGCCUUGUUUCGUUGUCCGAGACUAUACUUGUGACUGAGUAACCGAUACGGCUAAGCCUUGUGUGUGCGGAAUCACGGUGUGGUGCGCUAGCUAGAGUAUUGGAACAGCAGCAGUUGUGUCACGAGUCGUCCGCAGUCCGCAGAAUUCGUGAAAGUGUACGCAAAACUUUUGCCGCGCGAGUGCGUGAAUUUGGCCGUGUAAUUUUUCGGUGAAUAGAUUGUGUGUGAGUGGUAUUGUAACGAGUGAAGUGAAUUGAAGGACGCCAGCAGUAAUAGCGGCAGCAGCUACAAAUCGCGCUCGCUCACUUUUCACACGAAAGCUGAAGGACGACCUAACCUCGACGCGGCAAGGCACGUCGUAGGGAAAGAACGGAAGUGAACGCACGGAGCUACAAAAUGUUAACGCCACGGAUACUUAGAAUAGCGAUAGUGUUAUGCAUCCUCGUCGCAAUCUUCUCUCAGUCAACAGAUAGUGCUCAAACAAAACGAAGAAUACGACGACCGACUAGUCUCAAAUCAACGGCAGCCAAACAGGCCGUAGAAGAUAAUCAAAUUCCAGUGAAGAAGGUUGCCCAAGAUCGAUCCGAUCAGGCUCCCGCCUCGGCAACGAACCGUUUCCGGGUGCGAUCGAAAACGCGGGGGAGCACAGCACUAGCGGCCGGAGCUGCUGCCGGCGGAACUGCUGCCAUCAUUGCCGGUGCCUCCACCAAUGCCCUGAUCACCAAGAAGGUGCAGGAUAAGGAUGGAUACAAGAUCGUGUGCUACUACACCAACUGGUCCCAGUACCGUACGAAACUAGGUAAGUUUGUCCCGGAGGACAUUCCGGCCGAUCUGUGCACCCACGUGAUUUUCGCCUUCGGUUGGCUCAAGAAGGGAAAGCUCAGCUCGUUCGAAAGCAACGACGAAACCAAAGACGGCAAGACCGGUCUGUACGAUCGGAUGAUGACUCUGAAAAAGGCCAACCCUAAACUGAAGAUCCUGUUGGCUAUCGGUGGUUGGUCGUUCGGAACGCAGAAGUUCAAGGAAAUGUCCGCCACCCGGUAUGCUCGCCAGACCUUCAUCUAUUCGGCCAUUCCAUUCCUGCGGCAGCGAAACUUCGACGGUCUGGAUAUGGAUUGGGAAUACCCGAAGGGUUCGGAUGAUAAGAAGAACUUUGUCCUGCUGCUGAAGGAAUUGCGCGAAGCUUUCGAGGCUGAAUCUCAGGAAAUCCGCCAACAGAGACUGUUGUUGACUGCUGCCGUCCCAGUCGGUCCAGAUAAUGUUCGUGGAGGAUAUGAUGUCCCGGCCGUUGCUAGCUACCUAGACUUCAUCAAUCUGAUGGCGUACGAUUUCCACGGAAAAUGGGAACGUGAAACUGGACACAACGCUCCUCUGUAUGCUCCAUCCUCGGACUCGGAAUGGCGUAAACAGCUCUCGGUGGACUAUGCCGCAAGCUUGUGGGUUAAACUGGGAGCACCCAAGGACAAACUGGUCAUCGGUAUGCCAACUUAUGGACGAUCAUUUACGCUGUCCAACACUGAUCGAUACAAGGUCAAUUCGCCGGCUAGCGGUGGUGGUAAGGCCGGAGAAUACACUAAGGAGUCCGGUUUCCUGGCGUAUUACGAAAUUUGCGAGAUGUUGUUGAACGGUGCGGCCUACAUUUGGGAUGACGAGAUGAAGGUUCCGUACAUGGUCGAUGGUGACCAAUGGGUUGGUUUUGAUGACGAACGUUCCAUUCGUAACAAGAUGAACUGGAUCAAGACGAGUGGAUUUGCCGGAGCUAUGGUGUGGACCGUGGACAUGGACGACUUCAGCGGAACUGUGUGCGGUGGAAAUGUGAAGUACCCGUUGAUUGGAGCUAUGCGCGAAGAACUGAGAGGAGUCAGCCGAGGCAAGGAAGCCAAGGACGUCAACUGGUCUGAGGUGGCCGCAACCAUUCAGGAGAAGGAGGAAGAGAAACCGGAGCCAAUCAAGAUUCCAGUUGCUGAGCUGCUCAACAAGGUUCAGAAGCCGCAGAAGAAGAUCAUCAAGCAAGGAUUGGCUACUAUUGAGAAGAACUCUCGCCCUGGACAAGUCUUCUGCUAUCUGACCAGUUGGUCUGCUAAGCGCCCUGGUGCCGGAAAGUUCGAACCCAAGGAUAUUGAUGCCAAGCUGUGCACGCACGUUGUCUACGCUUUCGCUACGCUGAAGGACCACAAACUGACCGAAGCCAAUGAGAAUGAUCCGGACAUGUACGAUGAAGUUAUCGCUCUGCGUGAGAAGAACCCAGAUCUGCAGAUCUUGUUGGCUAUCGGAGGAUGGGCAUUUGGAUCUACUCCAUUCAAAGAAUUGACCUCGAAUGUUUUCCGCAUGAACCAGUUUGUGUACGAAGCUAUCGAAUUCCUGCGCGAGUAUCAGUUCAACGGUUUGGAUGUCGACUGGGAGUACCCACGUGGAGCUGACGAUCGUAAGGCGUAUGUCGACUUGCUGCGUGAACUGCGUAUCGCCUUCGAGGGUGAAGCUAAGACCGCUGGACAACCGCGGCUGCUGCUGACAGCUGCUGUACCUGCCUCGUUUGAAGCCAUCGCUGCUGGAUAUGACGUACCGGAGAUUUCCAAAUAUCUUGACUUCAUUAACGUAAUGACGUACGAUUUCCACGGACAAUGGGAACGCCAGGUUGGACACAAUUCUCCGUUGUACCCACUGGAUACCGCCUCUACUUACCAGAAGAAAUUGACCGUGGACUUCAGUGCCCGUGAAUGGGUUAAACAGGGAGCUCCUAAGGAGAAGUUGUUGAUCGGUAUGCCCACCUACGGACGUUCGUUUACCCUGGUUAACCAGACUCAGUUCGAUAUCGGAGCUCCUGCUUCCGGAGGUGGUUUGCCUGGAAAGUUCACGAACGAGGCUGGAUUCCUGAGCUACUACGAAAUCUGCGCCUUCCUCGGAGUGGACAACACCACACUGGUGUGGGAUUCAGAACAACAAGUGCCAUUUGCCUACCGCAAAGACCAGUGGGUCGGAUUCGACGACGAGCGAUCCCUCAAGACAAAGAUGGAAUGGUUGAAAGACAUGGGCUUCGGUGGAAUUAUGGUCUGGUCUGUCGAUAUGGACGACUUCUCUGGUCGCUGCGGAGCUGGCAAGUUCCCGCUGUUGAACGUGCUGAAUGAAGAACUGAAGGACUACAAGGUUCAGCUAGAGUACGACGGGCCAUACGAAUCUUACGGACCACGCGGAGCGUACACCACCAAGGAUCCUAACGAAGUUGUUUGCGCCGAAGAGGAUGGCCACAUCAGCUAUCAUCCUGACAAGAGCGACUGUACCCACUACUUCAUGUGCGAAGGAGAACGCAAGCACCACAUGCCUUGCCCAGCCAAUUUGGUCUUCAAUCCCAAUGAGAACGUCUGCGAUUGGCCCGAAAAUGUCGAAGGCUGCCAGCAGCACACGCAGUCGCCACCUGCUGCCUAAUUCGAGACUCACAGAGGUCUAUUGCAUUGCUAGCAUAAUCGCGAUAAACACAAACACUUUAAUCCCUCCUUCCAACCGCACCCGUAUUUCCUUAGAAGUAGCAAUAGUAAGAGAAUAAUUAUGAUGAAUUCGUUACUGCCAAUCCAAGCUAGAGAGAGCCUUAAAAAGUUAUGUAACAGAAAAUACUCUACAUUUGGUAAUCUUCAGGUGAAAAACCACUUUGAGAAUACCAAUCGAUCGUUGAACUGUUGUAAAUAUCUUCAUAUACCGCUUGAAAACCAAGAAGCACCCGAAUCAAAAACUGCCAAUCCGUUAGAAAACUUUCAACUGCCAUUUACUUUGCUCACUUUCUUACCGAAUGAUCCAACGGAACAAAAUUUAUUUAUAACCACAAUUCAUUUCAAAUCACAAGAAAACAACACAAACUUAUUACAAGGAACAUUGAAAACUGAAAACCUUUUUCUCUUUAACAACUCUAUCGUUUAUCAAGUACUAUUUAUAUAAAAUUACUAAGAUAGCAAACACUUAGUUUUAAGUAUUGUUUAAUGAAAAUAAGUACGAGGAACAGACAAGAAUUAAGCGAACAAUAAACAUCAAUGAUGAAUAAAGAUAUUCAUCAAUUGUUAGAAAAUAAAGAAACAUUCGAAUACAAAAGCAAGCAGGUUCACAAUCCCUAGCACAAAUAUGAGGUCUGCUUGCUAAGUUCAGAGCAUUCUCAAAACUUGUUUGAUCAAAAAUUUAUCCUAAACUAAUCACAAACCUCUUCGAUCGAUACCACAUUCUUAUCUCACAAAUUGGCAAACUCUGUGUAAAUGUGUUUUUGAGUAGAUGUAUAAAAUCUGUGAUAAUUAAGUGUAUAUACGAAAAAAUACAACGAAACGGAACGAAACACAUCGAGCCAACCAAUCAACAUCCAGCAAAUCCAUGCAUGUGUGCGCGCCAAACCACCCCAAAAACAGAAAGCUCCGCUAAAGAAUACUUUCAAUACAACAGAACAAAUCAUACAAAAUAAGGACUAGACCUAGAAACUAACACUCGUUAAGCAGAAGGAAGAUGAAUGAGCUGCUCAUUUUCUGUUUUGAAGGAAAGUGGACGCCGUCGGCAGAAGGUGCAAUGCCGCAAGCAGUUGCAUUAGAUCUUCCACAAGCUCGAGCGACCGGUUGAAUUUGAUUUGUUCGAAAGUUUUACGAGAACUGCACCGUGAAUCAAUUCAGAGGAAAUGAAGAGAAUGAAAAGCGUCUAAGAAAACAAAUUAGCGAAUUGAGUGCAGUUAGCAGAGCGGACACUGUAUAACAAAUACAAAACAAAACAGAGAAAACGUUGACUAAGUGUAAAAUAUAUUGUAUGUAACGUACGAGACAGUUUAAAAUUAUUUUUAAAUAAAGAAUUAUUUAAAUUCA